AUGAGUGAUAUUGACGUCGAAUUAACGUUGUCGCCACAUAAAGUCGUGAACCCAGCAAAAUUAAGAAUUUCUAAAGUUGCAUCGGCAUUGCGUCGAGUCAUUGAAAGGACACAACACCAAGAAAAGUCGUCCCACAAAGCCACCGAGCGACGAAAAUCUAAGACUGGUUUAGGGGCGCAAUGGGUUGUCAGCCUUGCCUUGACGCCACUACUUGGUAUUGUAAAGAGUACUUUUACUGCUGUACCUACUCGGGAACCUAGUCUGUCCAUGACCUUGAUUAGUGCCAGUUACCAACUGGGUAGAAUCGGCGUAACGCUCGAGACGCCGCACGCGAGUACCUACCCUACGGAUAUCGAUUACGAACUCUAG